CCUGUACAAAAAAUCCCAAUCUCGAUCCUCCAUAGUUACAGAAGUAUCAAAAACAAAAGAAAUCAAAGAAUCAAGACAAGGCAUGGAAGACCUCUACAGUCUGGGCGAUUGAUGAGGCGGAGGCUAGUGUAGGGUAUUGGAAGCUCCGCCACACCGAAAACAGCUGUCGUCUUCUCCCUUUCCUCUUUCUCAAUCCUUCGAACCCACCCCUUCUUCUCCCUUCUUCUUCCUUUCCAGAUCUGGGUUUUCUGAAACCCACCCCCUUCUCAGUCGCUCACUUAUACACCAACCCUGCACACACCCCAUCUGUACCAAACCCUCAAACUCUCACACAGAGAUCUGUGCCAAACCCUCAAACUUUCCAGAUCUGGGUUUUCUGAAACCCACCCCCUUCGCACACACACGAAACCAUUGCCUACACACGCCUUCUCUCUCGCCGACCUGACCCAACCCGACGUCGCCUGAAAGCCCUUAACCUCGCCUUCUCCUCCUCAGUUCUUUCGCCCUUUGGAGCUUCCUACGCUCGCCAUAUCAGACGAUGCCGGAGAGAUACUCCGGUCGCCAAGAAGAUGGAUCUGUUCGUUUGAGGGGGUUUAUUGAAGAUGAACAGGUAGAAAUUAUAAGGUUUAGGGUUUUGAAUUUGAAAAGGAAAUGAAAAGAAACGAAGAUAAUUGAA